CUUGUACUUGAUGCACUUAUUUUUCCUACGAUACUAGACAAUACGGCAGAGCGAGAAGAGGACAAGGCUAGCGAUGUCGAGCCGUCUCACAAUCGACCGCUCGGCGGCUAAAGAUAGGAGAGGAUUUGGCCUUUUUAGCGACGACGAAGACGAUGAGGAGAUCGAAAGAACGCCCGUCUCGUUCAGUGGGAAUAAGAGCGGGUUUCAAGCGUUAAGCCCAGGAGAUGUUGGCAGUAUGUUUGCAAAAUUUUCUUAUUUCCGGAGCCACCAGGAUGUUGGUGGUUUGUUCAUUUUUACUUACAGCAAUGAUCUAGAUUCCAGUCCUGCGGCCUCAACCUCUAGCAUGAUUUCCCCACUCGCCAGUUCAACCCCAACCAGGGGGUCACGCAAUUCUGCCCUGAUCACACCUCAGCGACCAAGGUCGGCGCACAGAUCUACGCCUUAUUCGACCACUACUUCACGGGCCCUGAUGCGUGCGAAGAUCUCGAAGGAUGCCAUGAUCGAUAGGGAAAGCGAGCUCAUCAGCACAGAAACUACAUACGAGACUACUACUACCUCAGUAAAAAGGUCCAAAUACACCAUGAGCGGCGCUAGAGGAAACCCGCGGGAAGGUGCGGAGCCUGAGUCAGAUGGGCGAGAGGAUCAGGAAGAAGCAGAAAGUGAUAAGGGGGGGCAAGAAUUUUCAAUUACCCCGAGCAGAAAUAUCUUUUCUCGAACCACUACGCCGAGCAAAACUCCGACCAAAUCUCCCAAGAGGGAAUCGCAAGUUCCCGAGAUGGGUAAGAAGACAUGGGGACAAUGGCUUGGCGCCAUUCUUCCGGCUAGUGUUAAGAAGCCAGUCAAGGCGAUUUUAGGUGAUCCAGCAGAGUUCAGGUCUAACGAGCAGGAGGCACAGACUCCUAGGAAGGAGGCUCCUGCCCAAGAUUAUGACUUUGAGGAUAACGAGGUGCUAUCUCUCCCAGGAAGCUUUGGGAAGGCACCUCCAUCGCCCGUGCGCACCCCGUCUCAGCCACCAUCUAAGCGGGAACAGAGGAAAGUGGAGAUUUGCUACGAAACUCCAAGUCGUGAAGGAUUGUUUGCGUACCAAAAACCAAGGGUAGCGGUUGCUCCUCGUACUCUACCUCCUCCUUCGAGAAGGAUCAUUCCAACAUUGGCAGUCUCCAGCAAGACACCCGGAAGAUCAGCCUCCCCCACUGUCACCCCAAGCAGUAGUUUGCAUAGACCCAGUAAUUUUAUCGAACGCAUGAAGUCUGCAAAGAGGACUAAUCGUUAUGAUCCCUACUCGAGGCCAAAGGGGACAAGUUCUCGCGGGAAGAGGAGAAGCUCCGAGCUCAGUGAGCCUAAGGAACUCACUGCAGAGGAGGAAUUGGAGCUUUUGAAGAGGAGAGAAAAAGAGAGAAAAGUGCAGGAAGCCGAAGACCGAUACCUCAAACGGGAGAUUCGGAGGAAACUCGGGCAGGAGGACCCAGAACAGGAUGGCGACGGUGAUUCGGAGAUGUCUGACACCGAUACUUCAUUCCAACAGCCCAGUGUGGAGGAAGUGCCUGAUGAAGGCGAGCCCCCGAUAGUAGCCCCACCCGCCCCACCCGCAUCCAAUUCUCCCAUUAGGCAAUCCAUUCCCACCCCCUCUACCCCACCAACCGGUCCAGCACCUACCUUCCUCUUCGGCAACCUUUCCCCGUCACCCACCACUCCCACAGCUACCCCUGCUGCCCCAGAACCAGCAACGGCCCCAACAACAUGGUCUUUCUCCUCCGACUCGGACAAGGAAAACAUCUCCUCGGGUCCCCCACCCCCACCAACAAUGUCCCACGCCCAGCUCCCUACCCCUUUAACCACCUCCAGCCACCCCCCCUCCAUCGCCGGUGGGCUCCUAGGCACGUCCCCCCAACCAGCUGGCGGCUUCGGCCUCGGCCUGCCUAAGGAAUCCACCCCGCUGAACCGCCAACGCAGCGCUGCCGAGAAAUUCAAACCACACAUCAGUAGCGGUCUCCGUGAGAGCAGCACUGUGGACGAAGAGAAGGAGAACGAGAAUGACAUUGAGAACAAGAAACCUUCCUUGGGGUAUGAUAAGGAGAAUGCAUCCUCCUCAUCUAGUGGUAAGCUCGGCGGGCCGAGUAGCGGCGGCGUAGGAGGAGGAGGAUUGGCCAUGCAGAGUGUUUUCAAACCAUCCGGCGCACUAAAAGAGAACUCUGGCGUGUUGAAUCUUGGAAAGAGCGAUGUGAAGGUUGACCUUAGAGCUAAGAUUGACACUGUUUGUUCCCCUCUUUCGACCUUCUAUUUAUUUCUUAGUGUAGAUGGCUAACCCGAUAUGAUAGAUCCCACACAGGCAAUUAGAGUGCACAGUCGCUUGGCCAUCCCUCAACCAGCCCUUUGGUGGCAAAGAUGUUCGCACAGCGGUCGAGAGUAUGUUUAAUACUGCGGCUAUGAGUGAAUUCCCUCAGGGGCUCGACGGGGAGAUGUUUGGACUUGCGGUGCAUGUUGGUAUUUGAUUUAGUUUGUCCCGAGAGUUGGUAAUGAUAGAAAAGCUACGGGGGGUUUUAACCUUUUUUUUGUUAUUGUGCCCCGCUCCUUUGGGCGUUCCCUUCAUUCUUUUUUCAUUCUUUUCCUUUUUCUCCCCUUUGCGUUUGAUGCAGCAACUUGUUCCAUUUUUUGCUUUUUCUUUUCUACUUUACUCUUUCCGCUGUCUUGUCGUUGACCGAGAAAUGAAAUGAGACUAAGAUAAAGGAUAAAUUGACUUGGGAGGAACGGGAAUACCCCUUGGUUUGUGUUUUCCUUGUUUAUUUAUUUUUUCCUUUUCAUUUAUUUCUUAUUUCUUUCCUAUUUUUACCUACCACUAUCAUGUCCCUCCGAUAUCCACGCGUGAUGACAGUAAUUUAGCCAAUUUAGGUAUGCGAUACACAAUGCAAGUCGCGAUAUGCAGUAU